AAAAAAACACAGACAACACACUUUUUUAAAAAAAAAAAUUAUUUAACAAUUCAUUUUUUAAGUGGGAAAGUGCUAAUUUAAGUACGUUUAGGAAGAGGUAGCUCUUUAGACGUCGUUUGAAAACCGCCAGUGAGUCAGCUGUUCAGACAUCUAGGGGAAGUUCGUUCCACCACCUAGGUGCCUGAACCUGAGAAGAGUGUUGAUGCAUGCCUUCCUUGUACCCUGAGAGAUGGUGGGACCAGUCGAGCGGUGAUAGAGGUUCAGAGGGAGCAUGGCGCAGUGUGGGGUGUGAUAAGUGAUUUGAGGAAAGUGGGUGCUAGUCCAUUUUUGGCUUUGUAGGCAAGUAUCAGGUGGUGUGGGGGAGCUUAGGAAGGUUGAAAACAAAUCGAGCAGCUGCAUUCUGUAUCAGUUGCAGAGGUCGAAUGGCGCUCAGAGGCAGACCUUCCAGGAAUGAGUUGCAGUAAUCCAGUCUCGAAAUGACAAGAGACUGAACCAACACCUGAGUGGAUUGAAAUGGAUGAAUCCUUCUGAUGUUGUAAAGGAGAAAUGGACAUGAGUGUAUCAGAUUAGCGGUGUGGGAGGAAAAGGACAGUUGAUUGUCCAUGGUUACCCCAAGGUUGCAUGCAGUAACUGAAGGUGGGAUCAGAGAGUUGUCCAGGAGGAUCGCAUAAUCCUGACAUGUUGAUGAAUCACCUGGGAUGAGCAGCAGUUCAGUUUUUCUGUGAUUAAGUUUCACCUGAUGAGCUACCGUCCAUGCUGAGAUCUGAGUAGACACUAGAGGCUCUGAGGAAGGGAAGGAGAGGAUGAGUCGAGUUUCAGCCGCAUAGCAGUGGUAUGAGAAUCCAUGUGAGGAUAUGACCUCCCCAAGAGAUCGAGUAUAGAGGGAGCAGAGAAGAGGGCCAAGUACUAAGCCUUGUGGGAUACCAGUGAAGAGUCUGCGGGGAGCGGAUGUGGAUCCCCUCCACGUCACCUGGUAUGAGCGACCUUUCAGGUAUGAACACACCAAACCAGCCAAGCAAGAGGAGCUCCCUGGCCCCAUGCCUUCAGUGCUGCUUCCUGCUGCCACCAUAACCCUUGCUGGUGACUCUGGGCCCAUGCCCAGUGAGCCAGCUGGCACAUCCAAAGCCCAGGAAAGGCCUCACAGCUCCGGGGGAGUGGACUGGGUCAAUGCCGCAGAGUUUGUACCAGGCCAGCCCUACUGUGGAAGGGCUGAACUAUCUCCUCCUUCCCCUGCACUCUCAGCAGAUCCUGUGAUUGUGGAUGGUCCAGGGCCUCUCAUCGAGGACGAGUAUGAAAAGGAACAAACCAACAAAGAGCUGAAGAAGCAGCUGUGCCCAUACGCAGCUGUCGGUGAGUGCCGCUAUGGCCUCAACUGCGCCUAUCUGCACGGGGACGUGUGCGACAUGUGCGGCCUGCAGGCGCUCCAUCCGUCCGACACUGCUCAGCGCUCUCAGCACAUCAGAGCAUGCAUUGAGGCCCACGAGAAGGACAUGGAGAUUUCGUUCGCCAUCCAGCGCAGUAAGGACAUGAUGUGCGGCGUGUGCAUGGAGGUGGUGUUCGAGAAGGCCAAUCCCAGCGAGCGUCGCUUCGGCAUCCUCUCCAACUGCAACCACUGUUACUGCCUCAAGUGCAUCCGCAAGUGGAGGAGUGCCAAGCAGUUUGAGAGCAAGAUCAUAAAGUCCUGCCCCGAGUGUCGAAUCACGUCCAACUUUGUCAUCCCAAGCGAGUACUGGGUGGAGGACAAGGAGGAAAAGCAGAAUCUCAUUCAGAAGUACAAGGAUGGCAUGGGGAGUAAGCCCUGUCGAUAUUUUGACGAGGGUCGUGGAACUUGUCCAUUUGGAGCUAAUUGCUUCUACAAGCAUGCCUUCCCUGAUGGACGCCUCGAGGAACCUCAGCCUCCAUCCCAAAACCAGCGAAGGCAGAAUGGCUCCAAUGCGAGGAACAGGAGCUCGAGGCGCACGCCGCUCUGGGAUCUGUUCGACGAGCGGGAAAGCAGCGAUUUCUUGGACAACGAUGACGAGGAGAUGGUUACGUUCGAGCUGAGCGAGAUGCUCCUUAUGCUUCUGGCGGCAGGAACCGACGACGACGUCACCGAUUCUGAAGAUGAGUGGGACUUAUUUCACGAAGAGCUGGACGAUUACUAUGAGCUCUACCUAUAGCACCCCAUCCCUUCUUUCCCACUCUCCCUGACUAAUAUCUCCUGCCACCAUCGAUUACUCCACCCUCUCCCCUUACUAGAAGCUAGACUGUGUGAGUGAUGGACAGUAGCUUAUAUUUCUCCGUGUUGUGGCAGUGCCUUUGAGCAGGCCGUUAAACUUAUGAAUUCAGUUCAAAGUAAAAUGAAUUAUUCUAUAUAUAUAUAUUUAAAAAAAAAAGGAAGAACAGGUCUGUGUGCCCAUGUUAAAGCCUUUCUAGAAAACCUCUCCAGUUCUGUGAGUGUUUGUGUGUACAUUAUGUACUAAAGGAAAAAAACAUAAAAACAGGAAAAAAAAAAAAGACAAACUUUAAAAAUGACAAAAAGACACUAAGUUAUAAAUGUAAAAAAUUUGGAAUGAUAUUGCUAAUAAAUCUUAAUGGUUUUAUUCUGAAGUCUAGGUUUGACUUAUCUACCCAGGUAUAGUCCUGAUUAAACGGGACUCUGAGCAUACGACAGCUUUAUAAGACGUUACUGUAACUGGUGGUGGCUGUGAUGCUUUUCUGGAAUAUCCUCUCCUUUCAUGCACUGAUUCUGGGGUGGUGGUGGUGAGCUUCCUUGAUGUCAAAUGCACACAUGCACUCUUAAUGUUUAUAAAAACAACUCGUCACUGAACAUUGUUCUCUCUUUUUCUCCCUCUC